AUGUCACAACCAAUGCUCAACAUCUCAAAGCAACCGUCAAAUCCACAGACCAUCCCGCACCUGCUCCCCUGCCGCGUACACUACGACGGCCCCGUCGAACCCAUCCAGUCCUACUGGAGCCCCAGCGAAGCAAAAGAUGGCACCAAGGUGGCGUAUUUCCGCGGCCGGAAGCUGCACGGCAAGGCGGUGAGGCUGCCCGAGGGGUACAGGGGCGUGGUAGUGCAGAAGGGCGAGGUCGAGACCACCACCACCCCGGCGGCGACAGCGCCGGAGCCGGAGGCGGAUGAGUUGGGGGAUGAGCCGGAAGUCGGGACGGGGAGGUUGGAGGCGAGGGCGGGGUUCGAGGAGGUGGUUGUCUGGGGCCACGAGACGACUGCGGAUGCCGGGUCGGAUCCGGUUGUGAGGGGUUUGGAGGAGUGGCUUGCUUUGGCUGAGAAGAUACACUCAUACCCGGCUGGUCAGGGGAGUUAA